AUGCAGAACCACAGCUUCCGAACGCCUUUCCAGCUGCUUCAUCAGUGGCUGCGAGACAACAACAGAGACAUAGGCUACCAGCAAGACCAGCCUGACAUCACGUUUCUCAAGGCAUACGGCUGCAGAGCCUAUCCCUUGACACCCCAGGCCAUUCAGAACAGACAGAAGAAGGACCUAAAGACCGACCCUCACACAGAAAUCGGUUAUCUCGUUGGAUAUGAUUCCACGAACAUUUUCAGGAUCUGGAUUCCGUCCACAUCAGAAGUCCGAAGGGUCCGAGAUGUGACCUUCAAUGAAAGCAUCUUCUAUGACGGAAAUGAUCAGCCACCAGAACCUAUCCCGCAGCGCGUGGAAGUACAGCUUCCAGCCCACAUCGAGGACGAGUCGGAUUACGAGGAAAUCCCCACUCAAAUCGAUGAACCUGAACCUGACCCCGUUGAGCAAUCUCCUCAACCUCAGACCAAGGAGACGCCACCACGAUUGUGGUACAACCCGAACCAUCUGAUCAUGAGGACUCGGAUGAUCAGGAUGAGUUUCAUGACAUUCAGCACCCAUAUCCGACACCGGACCCCGGUCCGAGUGACUCUCAGCCACGGCGCUCAGCCCGCACUCCAAAGCCUCAGAAGAAAACUUCACAGACGACACCUUCCUCCCGAACCUACGACGUAUAAGGAACUUCGCACCCACAGAUUUGGUCCUCAGUUCAGAGAAGGAGCCCACGCCGAGUGGAAAGCACUCCAACAGAGAGGAACCUUCAGAGCGGUCCCCAGAGACCAGGUCACGGGCAAGCUUUUGCCACUUACCUGGGUCUUUAAGUAUAAGUUCGACAAGCAUGGCUUUCUUACAAAGUUCAAAGCCCGUCUUUGUGUUCGAGGAGAUCUUCAACAGCUAGGUGACAAGGACACCUAUGCAGCAACCCUUGCAGGACGUUCUUUCCGGAUUCUCAUGGCCAUCACCGCCAAAUUCGACCUUGAGACCCGACAGCUCGACGCAGUUAAUGCCUUCACAAACGCCCUCUUAGAAGACGAGGAGGAGGUCUAUAAGGAACUCACUGCUGCAUUCAGAGAGCUUGGUCUUACACAGUGUCCCGACGAACCCUGCAUCUUCCAGAACGACUGGCUCACUGUUUUCUUCUUCGUUGACGAUAUUGUUUUCCUCUAUCGCAAGGAAAACGAGGACGCAGCUGAUGAGAUGGUUGCAGCCCUCAAGAGGAAGUACGCGAUGACAGACCAAGGGAAUUACAAUGGUUCCUUGGUAUCAGAGUCCUACGUGACAGACCCAACAGGAAGCUUUGGCUAUGCCAAGACUCCUACAUUGAAAGGAUGGUUCAACGGUUCGACCUUCAACGGCGUGACCACUUCAGAGGAGCCCUUUCCCGUGCAACGAAGUCCAGCCGCACACAGGGCGGGCUUCUCCAGACCAAAUUCAGCUAUACCAGAGCAAAGUUGGAUCACUGACCUACGCCGCAGCUAUCACCCGCUCGGACAUAGCCAAGCCAGCGUCUAA